GUUAACAAGAUGGCGGCUGUGAAUGACAAUAUCUCUGAUCAGGAGUUACGAGCGAAAUUGAAGCAACAUGGAAUAUCUAUCGGGCCUAUAACGCCAUCAACAAAAUAUCUAUACAUCCGCAAGUUAAACAGAAAGAUAUCUGAGGAUGGACGCUCACCAGUUGAUAGUUCUGUGCGAUCCAGAAAAUCCAUUUCACCAAAGCCAACUCGUAGACGUGUAUCUGUUGGUAGACGGUCUGUUGACCCAACGCCAUCCCCAGGAGCAAGACUUACAGGCUUUUCCAGCGACGAAGAUGAUUCCGUUAAGGUGCCUUUAGCAACGAGGCAAAAACGCAAAUCUGACGGGUUCAAACGGAGUCCGAAAAAAGCGCUUUCACAAUCAAGUCCUCCGCGGCAUGACAAUAGCUCUAGUUAUGAUAGUUAUCAAAGACGAACGCAGUACGUCUCAACACCGAAUCCAAAGCCUCUUCAAAAUAGCGAAAAUGGGGUUGUUGGUGGAUAUUCAAAUGUUGAGCAAAAAAGCGAAAAUAAACGUUCCUUUGCUCGUUUAAAAAAUUUGUUUCUUAAAAAAACGAUGGACGAUAGCAAAAGAUAUUCAAAUACUCCCGUCCCACAAGCUCAAAUGGAAAUGCCUUGUGACCUAGAAGUUGAGGAAGAAGCUGAUGAAAAUGAUUAUCGUUGUCUUUGGUAUAUGUUAAUUUUCUUCACCCUUCUAACUUUGGCAAUAUUAUUUUUAUGGUAUUGGCAAGCCUUUGGAAUCAUGAAGAAAAAUGAAAAACUGAUGCUUUGUGGAAACUUGACAAAUGAAAAUGACAAGGCUACUGGUUGUCUGAGUGAGGUUGAUGUUAUAAAACAUCUUAUUGAAAAACUAAGUGUUGAUUUGGCAUAUUCUUUAGGUUGGUGUUAUAUGUGGUUAUUCUUCAAGUCCGGCCAUAAUGGGAAAGUGAAAUUGACCAAUUGGAUUAGUAAACAUUCAACAGCGGAAAAUAUAAAUGCUACAGUACUUUUAAGUAAGAUAAUGGAGUUUCCACAAUAUGGAAUAACGUGCUGUGAUGAAAAUGGAAUUGCAAAUAAAUCUACAGAUGGAAUUUGUGAGAAUUUAAUUUCUGAACUUGCUCUGAAACCCUUGAUGUGCAGAAUAAAGGAAGCAUUUUCUCGGGUUUUUUUUAUGCUGAUUUUCAUUUGCUGUGUCAUAGUUACCGCAAUCUGCAUUUACUUUGCUGUCAAAUGUCGGUGGAUGCGAAGAGAAAGGCAAACACGGCGAAUGUUUGAGCUUGUUGACAAAAUUUUAGAAGUGUUAAAAAACCAUCACAAUGAAUGUCAACAAAAUAAAGAACUAAGUCCUUACUUGGCGAUUCUUCACGUCCGAGAUAUGUUGAUCAAACCCUCUGAAAGGGAGGCUUUGAAAUCAGCUUGGGAUGAUGCUGUGAAGUUUCUUAGUGCGAAGGAAUCUCGUGUUCGUGUCGAGACUCAAAGAAUUGCUGGUGAAGAUUUUGAAGUAUGGCGUUUGUUACAUCACACUACUCCCGUGACUCCAUAUUCUUCUUCGGGCUCAAGUGCGAAACAAGGUAAAUGGUGGCAAGGAACAGCAUUUGAAAACUUUUCGACCGCUGUUAACCCUCCGUUGAUAAGUCCGACGCCAUGUUUGAAAAUAAGGAAUAUGUUUGAACCAGUCAUGGAAACUCGUGAAAGUUGGCAUGUGUUUAUUGAAGAUGCUAUUUUGGAAAAAUGCAUUGAAAAGGGUGCAGCUAUUGUUCAUAUAUCAGUUGAUAAAACGUCAAAUGAGGGAUGUGUUUAUGUAAAAUGCGCAAACCACCACUCUUCUGGGGCUGCUUUUCGUGCAAUUCAUGGUUGUUGGUUUGAUGGUCGUUUGGUAACUGUGAAGUUCCUCACACUAAAACGAUACCAUCAACGAUUUCCCUCUGCAAUACAUGCUGAAGAACAUUUGAAACCCAGUGGAACAUCGACCAGCACCAUACCGAGAUUUAAGUCCGCCCCUGUCAAUGAGUCUGACUCGGAUUCUGACUCCUGAAUCAACGUUCUGUAUUUUGUAUGGGCUGUUGUUCUUGGAAUACAGAGGACACAUCUGUUUCACAAGGGACAGAAUCUUAUCAUUUUACUACGGGAGAAGACUGUGUUUAAAAGAGAUAUUUACAUAAAAUUGUUUAAAUUUCGUAAAUAUAUAUUCUGUUAUCAGAUUCUUGCUAAGAGAUUGUGUAUUAUUUGUACAUUCUAAUCUGCCCUUUUUAACACAAUGUAAUUUGAUGGGAAAAUCGUAGCAACCCAUACCUUGUGAAAAUAGGCAAAUAGAAAGACAGUUAUUGUUUUGAUUACUUCAUUAUCUAUCUACGUGUAAAUUGAGCAUUUAUUUUAUUAAUUAAGGAUUAUAAAAGUUUAUCGGU